AUUAGUAACAAGACGGUCCACGAAUUGUUACCAGAUUAAUUACUUUUUUUACUAUUAAGUAACAAGUACUUUACAUCAAUAUUUAAAAUGUCUUGUUUUAGGUUAUUGUGUCUUAUGUUAUUCACGGGGUGUCAGUACGCAGCCGGCAGUCCGGUGAGCGUCACGGAAUACGAAUACGUGCGCGAGGCGGACGCGUGGCUGCGCCUGCACAUCGUGCCCGCUGCCUGGUCAGACGCCGCCGUGCACUGCCAACUCGAAGAUGGUGUGUUGGCAUCUCCCACAUCCAGCGCAAUUGUGCGUACGAUGCUGGACGUGAUGGACAAGCACAAACUGGCUUUGAACAGCGUGUUCAUCGGAGCAACGAGCCGUUUCUCCAAAGGAAACUUUAAAUCGUUGGACGGGGAGAAUCUCGCUGACAGCUUGGAGUGGGCCUCGGGCGAGCCGGACAACGCCUUCGACGCCGAGGACUGCCUGGCGUUGACCGGCGCGGGCACGCUGGCCGACGUCAGCUGCACUAGAGUGCUGCCCUACUUUUGCCGCAAGACCGUCCACAACUGCUCCUCCGACAAUGAAAUCACAAGUCCUACAUCUGGGCUGCGAACAUGCAACGAUCGGUCUGACUACAAAUGGGAGACCAGCACCGGGAGCUGCUACAAGUUCCACGGCGUAUCAAAACCCUGGCGGCUCGCCCUGGCCACGUGCCACGCCGAGGGCGGACAUCUGGCCGUCAUCAACAGCGACACCGAGUCCGCUGUUCUCAAGAACCUUUACAAUUACAACACAGACACAGUCACUGGAGCAGAUCAACCUAAGCAUGCAUUAAUUGGCUUCAGGAAAUAUGAUGAUGGCGCGUGGGCAACUAUAUUUGGUGAGACGCUCGUCGAGGCCGGAUUCGCGAACUGGGACGUAGGCGAGCCAAGCAACGGCAGUGGAGUAGUGAACGAAUACUGCGGCUCCUUGCACCUUAACGGGUUGCUCAACGACGCUUCCUGCUCCUGGAAGUCACCGUUCAUUUGCGAAAUUACCCUUUCAAAGUUUUGAUUCUUUCUUGUUUACAAUGUCUUUGACACAUUACUGGAAAUUAAGCUAAUUCUGUGGUUUAAUUCACGUAUUUUUUCACUCGCGCGACAUGUUUCGGAGAGCCUAGAUUUUUAAGUUUUUUUUUUGAAAUAGUUGUUACUUAUUUUAUUUAAUAAUAUGUAAGUACUCGUUCUUUAUUCUUAUUGAAAUCUGUAUAAGCUUGCAUUGUAUU